AUGUUACGAACUCACGAACAAGGUCUAGGUCAUAUGGGAAAAAAUUAUGCUCUUACUUUUGGAAAACUAGCCAUUAUCUUAGUCAUAUCAGGUCCAGAUACUACAAAUGUAACGACACUAGUGGCUAAUAUAUUUGCUGAUGGAAUAUCUAUGAUUAUUCCCACUAGCCAAAUAUCAAUAUCUGUAAUUGAAACAGGUGCCUAUCAAGAAGCAGACAUCCUUAGAAUAUCCAAGCAUUGCAUUGAAUGGAAUAUAAUAGUAAAAAAUGUAGAUGAAUUAUCUAAAAGAAUCAAUCAAGCUUUUGUGAUUGCUAUUUCAGAAAGACCAGCUCCUGUCCCUAUAAGUUUUUUUAAAAAUAUCACUACUAUAAUUUCAAGAAAACCAAUCCUUUUGAAAUAUACUAUUCCUAAAAAUUUAGAUAAUCAUCUUCUCAGUAUAUUUUAUCAAAAGACAUUAACAAAAAUGUAA